AACCAAUCCAUGGCAGCGCGUCUCCUAUCUCCUCCGUGUCCCAUAAACUAGCUAUAUAGCAGCAGAUAGACGGUGAGCAUCCAAGACCGUCCGCCGAGAGUGCCUGUGCCAGGGGGGCCAUGGCGCUGCCGCGCCAGCACCUCGCUCUCGUCGCAGUCCUUGUCUCUGCCGCCGUGGCAGCGCAGACGACCACAGACGAGCUUUCUGCUUCUCCGGCGGAUAACAACAGCGCACUAGUGGCGGGCGUGGGCAUCAAGGUGUCCUUCCGCCCCCGAGUGGCAAUCGUGGUGGGCAUCUUCACCAUGAUCUUCUCCCUCACCUUCCUCGUCCUCAUGUACGCCAAGUUCUGCCACCCUUCCGGCUCCUCCUCCAACAACGGCGCAGCCGCAGCAGCGGUGUGCAGCGUCGGAGUCCCCAAGCAGGUCAUCCAGUCGCUGCCCUUCUUCCGGUUCGCCACCCUCCGUGGGGCGCGCCAGGGGAUGGAGUGCUCCGUCUGCCUCGCCCGCUUCGACGACGCCGACCUCCUCCGCCUCCUGCCGCGCUGCCGCCACGCCUUCCACCUCCACUGCGUCGACCGCUGGCUCCAGUCCAACGCUAGCUGCCCGCUCUGCCGGACCAGCGUCGACGCCGACCACGCCACGCUCGGCCUCAAGUACCCCUCCAGCGCGCGCAUCGUCUUCGGCGGCGACGCGCUGUCUUCUGGACGCUUCGACGACGCUGCUGGUGCUGGGACGGGGAGCGGCCGCGACCUCCUCGACAUCUUCGUGGAGCGCGUGCCCGGACCGUACAUUAAGAAGACGAUAUCAUCAUCGCCGCCGCCGCCGGGGCUGGACAGGCACAAGCACCGCAUCAUCGUGUCCGACGUGUUGUUCAGGAGCCGGUGGAGCGAGCUCAACUCCGCAGACCUUAUCGCGCUCGACACGGAGAUGCUGCGCUCCGUGUCCAGCGGCCGCUUUGUGUUCCCGCCAGAGUACAACAACGAGAUGAUAGCAGCAGCAGCAGCAGAGGAGGAGGAGGAGGAGGACGACGGUAUCAUGCCGACGGCGAUGGGGAGGAAGCGGCUGCUGGAGCCUGUCGACGACGUGGUGGACGACGACCUACUAGGUGACGGGUGCAGAAGCGGCUUCGCCGUGUCGGCCUCGGCGUCCGCGGCGAGGAUGAUAUCCUCCGGGGUGCGCUCCAUGUCGGAGAUCGUGAGUCUGUCGAGGGAGCGGCUGUCGGAGGAGGACAAUCGGCGGUGGCUGACGAUCGCACGGCGGACGGCGCGGUGGUUCGCCGCCGGGCGCGCCAGCAGAGGGAAUGAGGAAGAGCACCGAGCUGUCCACGUCGUGGAUGACGUGUAGACUGGAACAGAAGAGGGAAUCGAACCGAAUGGAAUGCGUUGAAUCUGUCAAGCUAUGACCAUCGAUCCAUUCAGUAUUAUUGAAUCAUGGAGGUGGUUUGCAUUGGAUGAUAAUGCUCAAGCAGAAUCAUCAUCAACAACAAAGAAAACAAGUGCAGCAACCCUUCUCCACAUGCAUGUAAAGUAAAUUAAGAACACCAUCUACUACUAGAGUAGACUUAUCCGAGUUAUUAUUAAUUAGAGUUCAUUUUUUUUACAAUUAACACAUGUUCUUGGCUGUUAGCACGCCAUAAGAAAGAAAUCAAUAAUACAGAUGGUGCAGUGUGCAUUCUUUUGUU